GACCGCCUGCAAUCGGCACACUUCGUCUCACAAACAAAAUGAAUACCUACGUUGCUUUGACUUGCCUGAUGGCUGUGGUUGGCAUGAGCCACGGCAGUGCCAUUGGCGCCUCUGGUCUCGGCUAUGGUUUGGGCGGUUUAGGCUUGGGAGGCCUCGGCUGGGGCGUGCCCAUCGUCAGCGCACCCAUCUACAGCGCGCCGAUCCUGGCUCCCGCCGUCUCCACCGCCAACCUCAUCAAGGCAUCACCCAUCCCAGUCGUCAAGACCGUCUCCGCUCCCAUCAUCACCAGCCCUGUCAUCAGCACCGUAGGCCUCGGCGGCUGGGGAGGCGUCGGCCUCGGCGGUCUUGGCUUGGGCGGACUCGGCGGUAAAGGCGUGUGGUCCGGUGUCCCCGUCAACACCUGGGGCUACGGUCUCGGCGGCAAGGGUCUCGGCUUGCAUUAAAUGAUGACGAAGUGUUUCUUUCUAUCUUUCUUCGCCGCCACACUUUUAUAAAGCAUUCACUAUAA